ACGACGUCGUUUUACUAAAAGCGGCUGCAAACGCUGCGAUUAAAGUUCGGAACUUUGAGUAGCUCGUUAACCGGAGAGAGAGAGGAGAGAGGAGAGAGCGCUGAACUCUUUCUUCUUUCUUCGCUAAUCAAAAGACAAAAGCUUUAAAUUCAAGCACUUUCCUCCCCUCUCUGUAGCUUCUCUCUACUUUCUCUCUCUGUCUCUGAGCUGAGAGAACCCCAAAACUCACCGACUGCAAAAAGUAACAAAAAUGUGUUAGUUCUGCUGCUGAUAAGUACUUCACUUUCUUCUUCUCCUUCUCCCCACUAUCUGUCUGAGUCGGAAUCGGACCCACAGUCAUAACUCUCUCCCCUUUAAUUUCCACACCCACGGCAUGUACUUGUUGGAGAAGCCUCAACCAAUUGAUUUCUACAAGGGCAGUCGGGACAUGAUGAUGGAGGUGGUCGUUUCAAACGAGGAACUCUCCCAAUCCCAAUCUCAAGCUCAUCUCCACCCACCGCAGCCGCAGCAGCAGAUGCUGAUGGGGGACAGCAGUGGGGAGGACCACGAAGUGAGGGCGCCGAAGAAGCGAGCUGAGACUUGGGUGCAAGACGAGACCCGUAGCUUAAUAGCCCUCCGCCGUGAGAUGGACAGCUUGUUCAACACCUCCAAGUCGAACAAGCACUUGUGGGAGCAGAUUUCGGCGAAGAUGAGGGAAAAAGGGUUCGAUCGGUCGCCGACGAUGUGCACCGACAAGUGGAGGAACUUGCUGAAGGAGUUCAAGAAGGCUAAGCACCAUGAUAGGGGAAGUGGGUCUGCAAAGAUGUCGUAUUACAAGGAGAUUGAGGAGAUUUUGAAGCAGAGAAGCAAGAAUCCGCACUACAAAAGCCCCACUCUCCCAAAGGUCGAUUCUUUCGUGCAAUUUUCGGAUAAAGGUAUUGAAGAUGCAAGCAUUUCUUUUGCACCUGUUGAAGCUAGUGGCAGGCCAACACUCAAUCUUGAAAGACGUUUGGAUCACGAUGGUCACCCUCUUGCCAUCACUGCAGCUGAUGCAGUUACGCCAGGUGGAGUUCCACCAUGGAAUUGGAGAGAAACCCCUGGAAAUGGUGGGGAGGGUCAAGCAUAUGGUGGUAGAGUCAUAUUAGUCACUUGGGGUGAUUAUACUAGAAGGAUUGGUAUCGAUGGCUCCGCAGAUGCCAUUAAGGAUGCAAUUAAGUCUGCUUUUAGGUUGAGAACAAAACGCUCCUUCUGGUUGGAGGAUGAAGACCAGAUAGUCCGAAGUCUUGACAGGGACAUGCCUCUCGGGAAUUACACUCUUCAUCUUGAUGAAGUCCUAAUUUCAGGGGUGGCCAUCAAAGUGUGCCUCUAUGACGAGUCGGACCACAUACCAGUGCAUACAGAGGAGAAGCUAUUCUACACGGAAGAAGAUUAUCGCGAGUUUCUGUCCCGCAGGGGGUGGUCGUGUCUGAGGGAGUUUGAUGGGUACAGAAAUAUUGAAAAUAUGGAUGAUCUUCGCCCGGGUGCAAUAUACCGCGGUAUGAGUUGAGGCUACCAGACGUCCCCUUGUAAUGUUCCCUUCUCAAUGUAGUAGUGGAUAGUUUAUGGAUCCUUUUUUUGUUCAGUGCUGCACAUUGUGUAUUAUGGUAGAUCAAAGACGAUUUUAUCUUUUGGACAGUGGCCUCUGCUGUUUGUAAUUAUAUACGUUUGAAGUUACAAACAAGUUUCUACACAUCA